GUGGUCUUUAGCGCAGAUGGCGUUGCUUACUACUUAGCCUUACGCGCGCUUUACUCAUGCAAAGUUCCUCCUGCUUGCAAUGCGACCACUAGUUCUUCAUGUAUCUGCCCUCAAUGAUCUCGAAUACAACUUAUUUACUUCAGCUCUCAACGAUCUCGCUGUUUCACCCGACCCAAACACCGUCCACAAUGAUGCUCACUUUGAAGCCAUGUCCGUUGGCGUCCGCGAAGUCCGAGCAUGGCUACGAGGCAGAUAUCCUAAUCUACCAACUACGGAUAUUGACAAGAUCCUGAAACUCUUCUACCCAAACUUGCUCCACACAGAUUGUCUCACUGGUGGCCAGUUUUUUGCUGCAUUCAGGCUUGUCCUUCAUGCCGCGUCAGGUAAACGCGUUGAUAGAACUCUCGCGUUUGUCCAAGUCCACCUAAACCCCGAAGUUCUCGAACGCUCAAGAUCAAGAUCAACUUCUCCCUCAAAACUCCAACUCAAUGCUCCGCCAGUCCAUCCCGACCGACCCAAACAAGACGCCACGUCCUCAAACUCUUCUUCUCCAGACACAAAUCCCUUUCGCCAAUCACUCGAGUCUGAAACACAACACCCAUUAUCAUCCGUUCCCGAUCAAUCUGACACCCCUCCCGUCAUACCUUCCCGUUUGCAACAGAAGAUCAGCCAUAAUCCGUUCUUGGUACGCGACAAAGUCAAUGGGACAGACCCUGCUCAGAAAUCCCCCGAGAAGCGUAACGAUGGCAAGACACCACCCCUUCCUCCUCGAAAACCAGCACCCUUGGUUUCCCAACAACGUCGCACAUCAUUAGCCCAGUCCCGAGGCGCACCUGGUCUGGCACCAUUCGAUGCUCCUCGCAGUAGCCAUAUCAUGACUCCCUUGAUGAAGCAGUCACUGGAGGCUAGCAAGCAUGCUCAGAACUUGAAGCGUGUUGAAGAACAGCUGGAUCGUGAGCGUGUUCUACAAGUGCUCAAGACGACGUCGUCCGGUUCGUCAGCGAGCAGCAGGCCGCGCAGCUUAAGUCCCACGAAGCAGUUCCGCAAAGGACUCGAGAGUCGUUCGUCGGGAUCUGAAGACACGUGCCCUGCACCUCCGCUCCCCCGUCGACGAACACCCAGCUCUCCAUCAUCAACAUCGAGUUCCCUGCCGUCCAUCGACCAAGUGGCGAGUGCUAGCUUAAACACCCAGUCCUCACAUACGCCCACCCUUUCCCGCCCACCACUUCCCACCAGAGAACCAACCCUUCCCGGAAACUCCCUCUUAAUUACGACACCGGACGUCUCGUCCCAUCUCCCCGCGCCGCCAACUCACCCUGAUCGCAGACCCACAAACGACACAACAGAGUCCUUCACGUCUUCCUUCAUACGUCCUACGCGGUCCAAGUCACUGCGCCACACUGCAACGCCCCCACUUCCCCCUCCUCGGCGCAAGCGUCCCGAGAGCAUACAGGUCAUUGCAGCGUCAAGCACAACGGAGCUCCCCGCAUCCGCAUCCGCAUUUCCCUCUCACACACGAACGUCCUCAUCCCAAGGCCUCUCUCGCCAUAUCUCCUUAACGAGAGACCGCGACACCACCGACACCUCACCAAUGUCCCACAUCCAGAAAACUAUCUCAAAUCUUCAACUCAAAGCCCAACCAAAACUGGAUGCGGCACGGUACAAAGCUGAGGCAGCGAGGUGGAUGGAAGAGGGCGAGCAGGGGCUGAUGACGGAUACCCAUCAGGAUGACGACGAUGGUGCUCAUGUUGAUCGUGAUCCGUACACGGACUCUCCUAAUGACGACGAGCCGAGCUCAGGGGAAGACCUGGAGCGGAUGAAGAACUCUGGAAUACAUCGUGACUUUCUGAAGGAAACAGACAACCUCAAAUGGCCAACGGGCGAGGGAUGGAAACCGUUGUAG